UGCUGGAAGAGCAAACCUGGCAACCUGGCAGCUUGUCCGGAGACCGUUGGCAAUCUGGCAAUGCGGAAAUAGAUCUGGCACCCCCGAGCACGGACUGAGGAGAGAGGCGUGACUGAGCGAGCAGAGAGGAGAGUGGAUUGCAUUGGCAAAGAUAAAAUAAUCAACUAUUUCUUUCCUGUUAGCUUUUUUCUUUUUUAAAUAAAGUGCUCAGGUGCGCUCGUCUGCAUCGGCUGGGAUUUUUCCAGCAUUUGUUUUUCAACCUGACAAGUCUGGGAAGAAGGAAAGAAGAAGUGCGUUUUUAUCGUUUGGAUUCCGGACUUCUUUACUGACUUUUCCUUUUUUUUGCAUCAAGCAUGGAUGUGUUGGCGAAUUACAGUAUUUUCCAGGAACUCCAACUCGUCCAUGACACUGGUUAUUUCUCUGCGAUGCCUUCCCUGGAGGAGAACUGGCAGCAGACAUGUCUCGAGCUGGAGCGCUAUCUACAGACGGAGCCCAAGAGACUCUCAGAGCUCUUUGAUGAGGAGCUGGACUGUCUCUUAACGCCGACCUUCAUACAGGGCGGUGACAGUGAUGAGGACCUGAUGGACCCCCUCCUCCCCAGCCUCCCUGACCAGCCCAGCCCACCUCCACUACUGAUAACCCUCCCCAAGGUCCAGGCCAAAAUCCUCCAGGUGCCCAACCCCAGCAGGACCCAAGCAGAGGCAGGGACUGAAACCCUCACACCAAAGGACCAAGUCCUCGCAGGAGUCAGUGCCGCACAGCUCAGUGCCGCUGUUACAUCCCUUACACCGCCAUCGUCACCAGAGCUCGGCCGCCACCUCAUCAAGCCCACACAAACACUGACUGCGACGGCGGAUGGUACACUAACGCUCAAAUUUGUGGCAAAGAAGGUUGGGUUUGGGGCGGCUAAACUGGUGGCAGCACGAGCGUUACCAUCGCCGCCGAGCCGUGGAGGAGCCCUCAGUGACAGUGAGCAGGGAGGAGGAGGAAGUCCUGGAGGAGAAAUACCAGAGAACAAAAAGAGAGUCCACCGGUGCCAGUUUAAUGGCUGCAGGAAGGUUUACACCAAGAGCUCCCAUCUGAAGGCACAUCAGAGGACUCACACAGGUGAGAAGCCCUAUAAGUGCUCAUGGGAGGGCUGCGAAUGGCGUUUUGCCCGCAGUGACGAGUUGACACGACACUACCGCAAACACACCGGAGCGAAGCCAUUCAAGUGCAACCACUGCGACAGGUGUUUCUCUCGGUCGGACCACCUGGCCCUGCACAUGAAGAGGCACAUCUGAGGGAAAAAUAAAAGGAGUGGGAGAGGAGAAGAAGCAAGAGGAGAAAAAGGAGGAGGAGGAGAAGAGAUAGGAGGAGAGAGGGAUGGGCAGUCGAGCUACCUACCGCCCUCCUCGUUCACCCCAUCCAUACCCCAUCCGUCGGCGGCCAUGACGCCUGCAGGGCAGCGCAUCCAUCUGGGAGGGCCAUAAAGAUCAAACGGACUGACGGCCCUCUGAUUGGAGACGGGGAUUAGAGGAAAACGAGGAGUAGCUAGAUUGUUGUUUUUCUUUAAAAUCACACACACUCACACACUUGCAAUAGUGAACACUCAACACACCCGUCUUUGAAUGCAUCAUCCCGGUGAACCCCGGCUGCUCUCAUGCAGCUCUGGGGGCUUGGACACUGCCAAACCAACAUAUACUUAACUUGCUUGAUGAAACAUUACGCAGCCUUUUUAUCUUUCUUUGUAGUCAGUGUGCUUAAACCAUAAAGUCACUUUAGGUGAGGAGAUAGUUCAGUGGGGAAACUUUGAAUAUCCAUGUAGUCAGUUGUAAGUGCUUUACCGGCUUUUGAAAUCAAAUACUCAACUUUUUUCAUUGUUUUUUAAUGUUUCUCAUACACGGGACACGGAACCAUCAUCUGCCGCAGUCAGCUCCAGUAAUCUAUGUGAAGAAAACAACAACAAACAACAAAUCUGCAGGAGAGAGACUGUAUGAAUUGGCUUCUAGCAUAGCUGACAAUCGAACCCAGGGCUCGGACACCGGGUGUUUUCCGUGCACCCAUGGGACCUCAGUCAGCGGGUGCUGCUGCAACUCUCAGGCUCUCCUCCAGUGGGUGUUUGCAUCUCUCACCUUCACUGAGACGCCUGCUGCCUCCGCAGGCUAACUGACAGAAAUGUGCAGCGACACUUUCUUCCCUUUUUUUCUACUUAGAGGACGAUCAUUCUUCUUAUUGUUGUUAUUACAAAGAAUGACACUUUGUUCUUUUCUCUCUAGGAGAAAAUGUCUUAAAAAUCACUGAAUUGUGUUUGAGAAAAAAACUCAAAAUCUAAGAUGACUUCAACGGAAUGUGUGGGAUGAGAAGGAGAGCGAUGUUGGUCUUUUAAUCCCCAUGUGCACCGGCUCUGCUUCUGCAGUCUGUGAGCAACCAGUGGAUGAACAAAAAAACAGAAUCAUACCAACUCUCAGAAACGGGAUUUGUAUUUUUGUUGGACUAAAAUAAAAGCAGAAAGCAGCGAGGUCUUCAGUUGUUUGUGCUGCUCUUUCUGCCCUGCGAUUCACUCCAGCUGAAAAACACAACCCUUGCAUGACCUUUUGUGGUCUCGCACUCUACCGGAGUCAGGCGGAGGACUCGCAAAAGAAUGGAAACCUGUUUUUUCUUCUUUCUUUGUUUUUUUGUUGAUUCUGAGAGCCAUCCUGGAGCUCUUUCACAGACUCUGAGAUCUCAUCUCCCCGGCACCACUGCAGGGCAUGAACGGAGGCUGAAGAGCUGCUUUUUGGUUACUCACUCAGCUUACUGGGACGCCAACCGACCUUUGUGUGGUGGUUCCGAACAGACACGGUCACGUUGCCCGGUCAAAUUUUGCCUGUUUCGUAUCCAUUGACUGCACUGACUUCUUUUCAAUGUUAUCUGUGCUUUUGUUUCCAACAGCGAUAAAAGGAACACAAAGAAAAAAAAAUCAUAAAAAGACUUGAAAAAAUACGACACAAAAAAACAAUUCUGUCUCGCUCUACACAUUGUAUACAGAACAAGCACACAUAUUCCAUCAACACACACACACACACACACACACACACACACACACACACACAGACAGACUACCAGUUUCUUUGCUCACGGCUCCUCUUGAGAUAAGACUAAUAAGAUUUAGGAAAAUAAUUAUCAAACUAAUGAACAGAGUUGGAAAACAAAACACUGCAUGGCAGGCUUUAUUGCAAACACACAUACACCAGCUCAUGUACACACACACACACACACACACACACACACACACACACACACACUUCCUGGAAUUAUAUGUUCUGCUCCCAGAUCUUUCUUCACAGUAGGAAUUUAGCAACUGUUGUUUAGUAGAAGAGGAUCUUAGCUCUCGGCUGGAGGUAACAAACUAUUUCAAAUCCUUUGAAGUGAGAAAUCAGCUUGUUCUCAGUUCCAACAAUCACCCACAUAUCCCUCGCUACAGUUUGUGCCUCUCAUUUAAUCAGCGUUUUUUUAAUUCAGAGAGAGGGUAUAAACUACUGUUUUCAUCAAAAUAAACCGAAGUAAAACAAUUGCAGCAGGCCGUUUAGCAAAACAUGUUGAAAACGUGUCCAUAAUCCUCAAACUCCUUUCUAUCCUGCCUCUCAUCUACAGUGAAUUUGAAUGUCUUGACCCAAACAAAGGUAGCAACCAGAAUCAUUAUCACAUCUGGUUACUUAAAUCUGGUCAUUCAGCUUUCCAAUUAUUGAAAGUCCUGAAAUGACUAAAUCGACUUAAAGAUACAGUUAUUUAACCUGGAAAUCAGGUUUCAUAGGCAAACUGUCAUUGGGAUCACAAGCUCCUUAAACUUGUUUAAUGUUGAUGUCCCCAUAACAUAUAUUUUGUUAUUGGAGGAUUAAGUCUUGUGGUAACACCAACAUUAAUGUUGGUGAUAUUUUGCACAUAUUUCAAUUAAUUUAAACAGAAUCAUCACAGUGAGAGAAGUGACUCGUAAAAAGUAAACCUCCGUGCUGAAUUUAACUUUGACACACUAAUUAGCUAAAUAAAGAAGUAAAUAAAUGCAGUUUAAUGCCCAAAGCAUUUCUGUGGGAUUAUAUCUAACAGCUGUUUGCUAAUUCGCUAGCUAGUAAUACAGCUAGCUCACUAGCUGCUAAUACAGCUAGCAAACUAGCUAGUUAUACAGCUAGCAAACUAGCUAGCCUGUGGCGGUGCUUACAACUGCCACAAUGUACGAAGGAAUGUUGUUUUGCUACUUCUUUCUGUGACCGAGUGCUUAGAGGUUUAUGGGCAUCACCUGCUGGGUAUUCAAAGCUAUAAUUAAUUGAAUUGUAUCUGCAACCUGAAUGUAAUCACUAACACUAACAUCUCCACUGUAAAAAAAUUAUGCAUGAGAGGCGAAAACUGUGGCGAGCACACAUAUCCACAACGCCUGCUUCCUUUGCUUAACGGUUGCAGAAAAAAAUUAACUUCCUUGUAAUAAGGGCAUUACUGAUACACAUUGACACCGCUGUUCCAUCCACCCACCACCACCUAUAUGCCCCGUAGCACAUUAGACACACAAACAGUCUAAUACUUGCUGCUGCUGACUGGUGCAGCUGGGUGAGGGUGCAGGGUUCCUGAAGCGGGAGAUUUCACAUCCCAGCGUGCCCAGUCAAUGUGCCAGUCGGCCUUGCCAGCCUUCAUUAGGUGAAAAAGUGAAAACAUUCCCCUUCAAGCGGGUUUAUGGGGCAGCUUUGAACAAUCGAUACCAAAAACCUCCAGCGUGGAACUGCCCUUUAGCUACAGGCAGAGUCUCCCCGGUCAGGAGAGAUCAGCGGGAGACCGCCUCCAUAUGAGGCCUCUGUAUCCAGCGGCAGCUUUCUCUACUAACUCUCUGUUUCUGCUAAAUAUGACAUAACCAACACACGUUUGAGAUGAAUCCAGUGUUUCACUUUUUUUUUUUAUUUCACUGUUAGGUUUCUGUUACAAAAGCUAUAUUGAUGGUUGUUUUCUUCAGCUUGGAUGAUGCAAAGUCAUGCCAAAAUGUUGAGACCUGCAAUGGGAUGUAGAAGGAGCCCUCCUAUACAGGAAGUACAAUCAUAGAGGGAUGGGGAUAGUAGCACUUUUGAGGCUUUUGAUGGCAUGAAUGUGUAUAUUUGUGUAUGUAUGUGUCACCAUUAGGCAUACUGUGAGGGAAGCAGUGAUUCAGCAACGUGGUUGAUAACAGAUUUUAAACUGCUGGCCAUGUGUGGGAGAAAUGUUGGUUGAUAAAUUUGCUAUUUGAAAAUGCUUUUUAAUCCAAGCAAAGGCUGACAAUGUGUUUAUAACGUUUUAUUUGUUCUGACCCCUCAUUCAUUCAUAAAUUCAUUCAUUUAUUCAUUCAUAGUCAUGAAGCUCGAUGACUUGAGUCAAAGACAUGCAAACUUGCACUUUGUUUUAAAGCAUGCUAAAAUCAGACUCCUCGCUGCCAGAUUAGUUUAAAUGACAGUUUUCUGAAAAACACUUAUGGCUCAUUAUUUUUCUGUUUAUUUUUCUCUUUCCCAAAAAUCUCAGAAUGUAUCAGUAUUUGUUCUGAUUAUUGAAAGACUGGUGACGAAAAAACAAUAAUACAAAUAUAUGGAUGUAAAUAAGAUCUUAAAAUACCAUUUGCAGCACAAACACUGUAGUGUCACCAUUUUGAAUGAGCUGCUAAUACCACAAGAGGACCUAUUUUACAGAAAACUGUGGGAAUCAGUCAGUGUCUUCUUGUAGUAGCAAACUUUUUCAUGCAUGGUCACCUGGAACUAAAAUUGAAUAAUGGUUUAAAUUGAUCGGCUUCUUUAAAAUAGUACAAUUUGUUUAGGUAAAAAUCAAUAAACAAUGAGAAUGAUGAGCCUUAAGUACACUCUAAAAGGAUCAACACAUGUCUGUGUUGUUUUUCGGAAUAACACAUUGAACAAUUGUGCCCCAAACUGCAUAGACAUACCAAGUUGUUGAAGAUUUCGUAUACCAAUUUAGAGCAUACAUUUUCAAAUGUAAAGUUAUUGUAGUAACUAAUUGUAGUGCUGGCUAGCAUGCAACAAAUACAACUCAUGGGUUUUCUCCUCUUUAAUUAAAAUCUGUCUUGACAUCCGACAGAUCUCAAAGUCAAUUCAGAUGCAACUUCACAUUUCGGAUCCAUCGUGUUGAAGCAGUUUUCUGUCACAGUGUUGCUCCGGGUCUCCUGUCGUCUCUCAGGCUCCUCCAGGCCAGCUAGCAGCCGUCCCACAGCUCUGAUUAGCAUUAGCACUCCCGGGUCCUCUUCUCUAGUUGCAGUUCAGCUAAUGAGAUAGCGCUGGGUCACAGGGAGACUGAGUGGUCUGGAGAUGAGAAAAAAACAAAACAAUAGGGACCUUGGGCCGGACCGAUUCCAGCGCUCUGUACCCAGUGGACAGAUUUGAUGUGAAACAAACUCCUGUUAGAUCCCGUUAGCAUCGAGAAAUGCCAGUAGAUAGUGAGAUAUUUGUCAAAGA